CAACUGUGCUAAAAACCAUAUUGAUGAGAAUAAACUUUCUCAUCUCCCAAACAGACAAAUCACAGGCCUUCUUCAGUCUGCUUUGCAAUCAAUGCACGCACCCAACUGUCUCCAUUGCAACCCCACCUUCUCAUCUUUUUCUUCAUAUUCAUGUGAGCUUCAGAAAUCAACAACUCAUACCAAUAACAACCAGAACACCCAUUUCUCUCUCAAAAAAUCCUCAACCCAUCUCAAUUCUCUUCAUAAAAACAGAAACCCAGAGAAAAGAAAGGAGGAAAACCCAUCUUUUUUUUUUUGAUAUGGAAAUGACCUGUUCAACCAAGUUUGGAUACCAGCGACUGAUACCAGAAGCUGGGUGUGAUUAUGAGCAUGAUGAUUGUGAAGAAGAAAUAAGCGAAGCGAGGAGACAAGUGGGUAUUGGAAAGGGAACAAGAUCAAGCUGGUUCAGGUCCAAGAAGAUGCCAUCCGUGAGAAGGGUUAGGGUUAGAGUUAGGGUUAGGGUUCCAAGUUUGGGCAGGUUCUUGAGGAGGAAAAGUAGGGUUAUGGCGUCCUCUGUUAGGAUUUCAAUCGGGAAAGUGGUGAAGAGGUUGAAGGAAAGUCAAUCUCAUUUUGGGGAUCUAUUUGCUGGGAAUUAUCUUUUCUUGCAGGUCAAUCCAACUUCACUUAAAUAUUGCAUUGAGAAAUCUUGGAAUCAUCAUAAUUUGGGCUCUAAGUACUCUGUUUCUAGGGUUGCUUCUUGAGCAUUUUUAAUGUAUUGUAUUUCUAAGAUUUUCUUUUUGGGUUUUGUUUCUUCUCCAAAGUUCAUAGUGCUUCAAUGCCAGGGUAUAAACUUGGCCUUUCUUCUUUGUAAUAUCAA